AUGAAAAUAUUUCCAAAGGUCAUUGUGAAAAACCACAUAAUACAAAGUGUUUUGGUAAUAUCUUUAAUUUCUGUAACAACUUGGAUGACGAAAAUUCUAAGGAAAAAAACCAAAAGAAGACAGAACGACAGUACCCAACAAUAUGUCAAUGAUAAAAUAAGUUCAAUUCCAUUGAUAGUUAUAACUGGCUGUGACACAGGUCUUGGAUAUUCAAUUGUUAUGAGAUAUUUAAAAGGCAUUCAUGAUAAUAAAAAUCAAAAGGAUAGUAAAAUAUAUAAUUUUCUAUUUUUCAAUAACAAAGCACUCAUAGUCCCAAGUAGAAUUGCAAUAGUUGCAUUUUGUUUGAACCCUAAUGGACCAGGUGCUAAAAGCUUAAUUCAAUUAUCGCUUAAAAACAACAACAUUCAAUUGUUUGUUAGACAGUUGGAUUUAACUGAUUCUGAAUCCAUUAAAACUGGUGUGACUUUUAUUACUGAUCUACUUCAACAAAACAUUGAUCAAUUUGGCACUCACAAUGAAACAGGUCGUUUAAAAUUUGAACUACAUGCUUUGGUCAACAAUGCAGCCUGUAUGGUGAUGGCAGAAUAUGAAUGGCAAACUUUGAAAAUGAUGGAACAGCAAUUUCAAGUUAAUGUUUUGGGUCCAAUUAUGUUAACUGCAAAAUUAUUGCCAACAUUUCGCAAAAAUAAAAGUCGUGUAAUAAAUAUAAUUAGUCACUGUGCUUCUUUCCCACUUCCCGGAAUAUCUGUUUAUGCAGCUACAAAAGCUGCCUUGGGUGCAUGGACAAUUGGAUCAAGAGUUGAACUUGAAAAUCAAGGCAUAAAAAUGAUCGCAUUUUCACCAGGAGAGUUUUAUCGUCAUUCUUCCAUUAUGAAUGGUGAACGAAGGAGCAUUGAUUAUAAAGAUAUGUGCGAUAAUAUGAAUAAAGAUCAAUUAGCUCAUUAUGGUGCUUACAUGGAUGCCUAUCAAAAUUACUUGAGUACUAUUGAUGCAUUCAUUGAUCCUCCAGAAAUCACCAUUCCAAGCACUAAUAAAAUAUAUUGUCAAAUGGAUAAUGCACUAUGGGCAAUUCAACCUAAAACUGAGUAUAAUUUACCUAAAUCUUGGAGGUAUAAAAUCUAUUUUGCUCUAGCUUGGACACUAUCAUCAUUAGGCUUACAUUAUUAUAAAGAUAAGGUUGUGCGUCGAUUUGUGGCUACACCACAAUACCAUGAUAAUAUUGCAAGUUAAGUUGAAAACGGUUAAGAAAAACCGUGCGUAGACUUGUGGCUGGGGGGGGGGAAGCCAUAGGCGCAACUAGAGGCUAAACACUGGGGGUGCUAAAAUUAUGCAGAGGAAAAAGACUCGUAGAGGCUACACCCCCACGCCGCAAAAUUUAAUACUUCAAUUUUAUAAUUACUAUAACCAUUCCUAAAUGCAAAUUCCAGAAUUAAUUUUAAUUUUUAAUUCUUAAAUAAUAUCAAAAUUACUGCUAACUGAAGAAUAUAUUAUCUGUGACAGCAACGAUAUAAUGUUUGAUGUCACACACCUAAUAUUUUAUAUAACUAUAAUCAUCAUAAACAAUUUUUGUUUCUACUAAAAAUGUCAAAUAAAAAAACAACAAAGAAAACUCUUUAGUUUCUGAGCAAAGCAAUGAAUGUAUUAAUUUUACAAUGAUUUUUUUUUUUUUUGUCUGUGUAAAGUGUAAACAAUAAGUAGUCAAAAUAAUACUUUUUUUCAUUAACUUCAGUGUCUUGUUCGAAGAGAUAGUGAAUUUAGUUGGUGCAUUGGGAUGGUCAAAAUUUAAAAUUCAUAGUUGUUUUCAAAAGCACCAGAAAAAACAAAGAAAAAUUGUUAUGUACUAUAGGUACUAUAUCAAAUAAAAUAUACAAACACUACACACACAUAAUGUAUACAGAAUAUAUUAUAUAACUAAUAAAACACAUAUAUUAUUUAUUUCAAUAACAAUAACAAGGCCAUGAACGUUUUUGCAUUUGCAACUUUUUUUUACUGUUCUUAUUUAUUGCUAAGAACAAUUUAAAUGCAUUUCAUAUAAACACAAAUUUUUAAGGGCAAUUUUUUAAUUAGAAUUUUGUUAAAUGUAUACAUUUAUUAUACAAUUUUAAUUAUUUUGUAACGUAAUUUUACUUUGGAUUUUUACUUAUUGGUUCCAAAUGAAACAACUUGUAAUCCAAUUCAAUGUGUUUAAGGUACUUAGAGUAGUUUAGAUUGUUAAUAUACAACAAAUAUGUAAAAUAUAUAUUUUUUUUUUUUUUUUUAAUUAAAUAUUAUAUACGAAUAAAGAAAAUAAAU